CUCCGUCCGUCCGUCCUCCCGUCCUCUUCCUUGUGCCUUGUCCUGCUUCUCCACUCGCCACUGCCGCAUUCUGCCCAAGUUUGCCGUACUGCCGCAUUCCACCAGCCACCCACCAGGCCACCACCCAGCACUCCAGCCGCCAGAACAGAGUCUACGGCGCCGCCGUCGCACGACAGGAGAGGGAGAGGGAGAGAGACGCGGGCUUUGACUUGCCGCCGGUGCGUCCGUGCGUGCCUGGUGGGAGGAGUGGGAGACGCCGGUACAGUACAGGAGCCAUGGCGCCGAGCUGCUACGACGCGGCAGCGUCCAUGCUCCUCUGCGCCGAGGAGCACAGCAGCAUCCUGUGGUACGACGAGGAGGAGGAGGAGCUGGAGGCGGUCGGGAGAAGGAGAGGCCGGUCGCCGGGCUACGGGGACGACUUCGGCGCGGACUUGUUCCCGCCGCAGUCGGAGGAAUGCGUGGCCGGUCUGGUGGAGCGGGAACGGGACCACAUGCCGGGGCCGUGCUACGGCGACAGGCUGCGCGGCGGCGGCGGCUGUCUCUGCGUCCGCCGGGAGGCCGUCGACUGGAUUUGGAAGGCUUACACGCACCACAGGUUCCGCCCUCUCACUGCCUACUUGGCAGUGAACUACCUCGAUCGCUUCCUCUCGCUGUCUGAGGUGCCGGACUGCAAGGACUGGAUGACGCAGCUCCUCGCGGUGGCGUGCGUUUCUCUGGCCGCCAAGAUGGAGGAAACCGCCGUCCCGCAGUGCCUGGACCUUCAGGAGGUCGGAGACGCGCGGUACGUGUUCGAGGCGAAGACGGUCCAGAGGAUGGAGCUCCUGGUUCUAACAACCCUCAACUGGAGGAUGCAUGCCGUGACGCCGUUCUCCUACGUGGAUUACUUCCUGAACAAGCUCAACAACGGCGGCAGCACGGCGCCGAGGAGCUGCUGGCUCUUGCAGUCCGCGGAGCUUAUCUUGCGUGCGGCCAGAGGAACCGGCUGCGUCGGGUUCAGGCCGUCCGAGAUCGCCGCCGCGGUUGCAGCCGCCGUGGCCGGAGACGUGGACGACGCGGACGGCGUCGAGAACGCCUGCUGCGCUCACGUAGAUAAGGAGCGGGUGUUGCGGUGCCAGGAAGCGAUCGGGUCCAUGGCGUCCUCGGCGGCCAUUGACGACGCUACCGUGCCACCGAAAUCUGCGAGACGCAGGAGCUCCCCCGUGCCCGUGCCGCAGAGCCCUGUGGGGGUGCUGGACGCGGCUCCCUGCCUCAGCUACAGGAGCGAAGAGGCAGCGACUGCGACUGCGACUGCGACUUCUGCUGCCUCACAUGGGGCCCCUGGCUCUUCAAGCUCGUCCUCGACCUCCCCGGUGACCAGCAAAAGGAGGAAACUCGCCAGCCGAUGUGAUGGAUCGUGCAGUGACCGGUCAAAGCGCGCGCCCGCCCAAUGGACCAAAGAGUGAAUUGACUAGGGCGUCUGCUUGCUUUCUGAUCAAAGAGUGCAUUGAGAGGCGGCAAAAUGGAGGAAUAAAGGGGAUUUUGGCAUGACGAGGGCAAAGGAGUUGAUGAAUAAAGACGCGACGAGGUGGACAACACCUAAAUUGCCGAUCUUUUCUUUGCAAGGGGAGUAGGGGACCUGCUUGGGCCUGGGGGAGGGUAGUAGACAGCCCAGCACAAAAACCUGGUUGGUGUGCCACGACCACAAUGGGCGCGCCAGCCAUGGCUUUGUAGGAAACACAAGGGCGCUAGAGGAGAUCCGAUGGGAUGACUCAGAAUAAAGAUAGUGGAGGGACCAGACCGUAUGCAGUAUGUGCAACAACUAGGCACUGGCAUGCUUAUGCUCAAGUAAUCUGAUAACUUGAAUGUUGUGUAUCCGACAAACUGCUUCUGUGAAGAGAGAAAUGCAGGUAGACGAUGAAUGUAUGUGACAAAAAGAAUGUCCGACCCAGAUGAGAAAAUAAAAUAUGAAUCCAUGACAA